AUGCAACCACCAUUAACAAAAGCGCAUCUCAUCCCCAAAUGCGCCGUCACAAAGUCUCUCCGGGAGGCGCGUCGGCUCCACGCACUCCUCAUCACCUCCCCAUGCGCCGAUACAGAGUCCCCGCUGUUACAUAACAACAUCCUCUCCAUGUACGCACGCUGCGGGUCCUUCGUGGACACCCAGCGCCUGUUCGACAAAAUGCCCCAUCCAAACAUCGUUUCCUACAACGCCCUAAUUUCUGCUUAUUCACGUAGUCCGCACCACGCCCACCUAGCAUACCGGCUGCUCAGCCAACUGGAAAACGAGAACCUCAAGCCAAACAGACUGACCAUCACGAGCCUCCUGCAGGCUUCGGCCGGGCUUCGGGACGUGGUCCUUGGCUCUGUGUUGCAUUCGCGAAGUGUAAAAAUCGGUGUUUCGAACAAUGCCAGCGUUCAGACAUCUUUACUGGGUAUGUACUCGAAAUGUGGGGAUGUGGGCUGUGCCGAAAAAGUGUUUCACAACAUGAUGGAUAAAGACGACAUAGCUUGGAACUCGAUGAUAUCCAACUACAUUAAGAAUGGUAGAAUAAUGGGAAGUCUAGACCUUUAUAAGGAUAUGUUGAGGGAUAGAGUUAAUCCUACCCGAUUCACUUAUUCGCUCAUGUUGAAUGCUUGUGCCAAGUUGGAGGAUUAUGAUCACGGCAAAAUCGUGCAUGCCCAUGUCCUUAUAUCGGGCACGUAUGUGGAUUUGCCUCUGCAUAACUCGCUGCUUGAUAUGUACUGCAGCUGUAGGGACACCCGCUCGGCUUGCAAUGUCUUCUCGAGAAUCAGGAAACCGGAUUUGAUUUCUUGGAACUCAAUGAUAGGUGGGUUUUCGGACAGUGGAGAUGGAAAGAAGGCAAUGUAUAUGUUUGUUCGGUUAAUGGGAGUGUCUCCCUACAGACCCGACGAGUACUCUUUUGCAGCUGUUAUUUCUGGUACGAGCCUAUUUCCAGCUAGGGACUAUGGAAAGCCACUCCAUGCUCAGAUAGAAAAAACCGGACUUGAAAAGAGUGUGUACAUUGGGAGCACACUCGCCUCUAUGUAUUUCAACAAUGACGAUUUUCUCUCCUCCCGAAAGAUAUUGGAUUCUUUUCCCCAUAAAGACACCGUUCUUUGGACAGACAUGAUUGCUGGGCACGUUCGAACGGGUCAAAGUGAGAAUGCACUGCGUUUAUUCCAAGAAAUGUUUGAAAAUGGUUGCAAAGCUGACAGCUUUGCACUUAGUAGCGCGUUAAGUGCGUGUGCUGAGCUAGUAACUUUAAAUCGGGGGGAAAUGAUUCACUGUCUUGCCGUUAAAACAGGAAAUGAGUCCGACGUUUCUGUGCACAGCAGCCUUGUUGACAUGUACGCAAAAAACGGAGAACUAAAAUCGGCUGCACAUACAUUUUGCUCCCUGCCCAGAAUCGACUUAAUGUGCUGGAACUCGAUGCUCACGGCAUACGCUCACCACGGGAGGGCCCACGAGGUGUUCCAAGUUUUCUUCAAGAUGCUGAAAAGUGGGCUGAGCCCGGAUCAAGUUACGCUUCUUUCUCUGUUAUCCGCUUGUAAUCACUGUGGGUUGGUGGAGAAAAGCAGGUACUUUUGGAAUUACAUGAAGGAAAACGGCAUAAGGCCCGGCCCAAAACACUAUUCUUGUGUCGUGAGCGUUUUAAGCCGGGUGGGAUUGUGGGAGGAGGCCGAGGGGUUAAUUACCGAAUUACCCUUUUCGGACGAGAAUUUGGAAUUGUGGAUGAGCGUUUUGAGUUCAUGCGUUAAGAACGAGAAUGUCAGGGGAGGGGUUUAUGCGGCUCGAAGGGUUUUGGAAAUUAAUGGGAAGGAUAGCGCGGCUAAUGUACUGCUGGCGAAGCUGUACGGUGGGGCCGGAAAGUGGGGCCAUGUUAUGGAGAUGAGGAGAUUGAUGAUGCCAGAUAAGGAGCCGGGUUUGAGCUGGGUCGAGGUUUGA